GUUUGUUUGGUUUCGUGACGUAUCUGAGCGCGCUUAGGCGCUUUCUCUGAAACAAACCGACAAAUUUCAGUAGACAGCUUAUAUGAUCCUCCGGUGAGAACUUUCUAAGACGCAUAUGAAUGCGUUCGUUGCCAAUCUUCGGCUGCUUCAGUAAUCCGGUCACUCCGUGAACGAUAUGGAGGCGCGCGCAGAUGUAAAGAUAUUGGAACUAAACGCCAGCAAGGCGGGUCUUCAAGGAGUCGACAAGGAUCAUGUGAACAGGAUUAUCCAAGAAGCGUCGAAAGGAACGCCUUAUUACGAGCACCAGCGGAAGCGUCAGCGACGUAUAAAUGUGAAGAUUGAGGCCAUGCUUGCCGAACUGAAGACCUUGAGCCCCGCGCAGCUGCAAGCCUCUCAGUGCCAGAUGGAUGCCAUUGCUGAGAGGAUGGAGUACACACGUGACUUGAACAGAGUCAUCGUGCAUGUUGACAUGGAUGCCUUUUAUGCAGCUGUAGAAAUGCUUGAAAACCCAUCAUUGCGAGACAAACCAAUGGCAGUUGGUUCUAUGGGAAUGCUGUCAACAUCAAACUACGAGGCCAGGAAAUUUGGUGUACGUGCAGCAAUGCCUGGAUUCAUUGGCAAGAAGCUGUGCCCAUCAUUAAUAAUUGUUCGUCCAAAUUUUGACAAAUACACUGCAUUCAGUAGAAAGGUUCGACAAGUGCUUGUACAAUAUGAUGAAGACUUCACACAAGUUGGUCUAGACGAAGCAUACCUGGACAUCACUGAAUAUAUGGUCAACCAUAAUGUUGAAGCUGAAGAUGUUGUUCAAGAAAUGAGACAGAAGAUCUUUGAUGCAACACAAUUGACAGCAAGCGCAGGCAUUGCCGCCAACAUGUUUUUGGCGAAGGUCUGUUCUGACAUACGCAAACCAAACAACCAGUUCAGGCUUCCUAAUGAUGUUGAUUCUAUCCGCAAGUUUGUGUCCUCUCUUCCAAUCCGCAAAGUACCAGGUAUAGGUGGUGUGCAAGAACAGCUGUUGAUGGCCCUUGGCGUGCACACAUGUCAUGACAUCUGGAUCAGGCGGGCUGAAAUCGGUCAUCUCUUUGGGGAGGUUACAGCACGAUUUUACCUUCGUGCAGCACUUGGCUUAGGUUGCACUGAAGUCAAAUGUGACUCAAAUCGGAAGUCAAAAAGUGUGGAGGAAACAUUUGCGGAAAUAAGCAAUCCUCAAAACCUCAUCUCAAAGUGUGAGGAACUUUGUGAAGAGCUGCACCAACAAAUCCAAGAAGAAGGAAUAUCUGGCAGAGUGGUGACAGUGAAGAUGAAGACUGUCAUGUUUGAUGUGAUGACGCGCAGCAUUACCUUGGAAAAUGCAACUUGCAAGUUGGAGACCAUCAAACAAGCAGCCUUGCGACUUCUGCAGCAAGAAAUUGCUGCUGCCAAGCCUGGCCAGCCCCUUCGAUUACGUCUAAUGGGUGUCCGGCUGUCUGGCUUAGAUGACGGUGGGCCUUUAUCCUCAUCUCAGCCAACGUUAUCAGCAUUCUUGUCUGCCAGAAGAACAGCCCAGUGCCCUAUAUGCCAGAAGACAUUGGAAAGCAGCUCCCCUGAAUUUGUGAACGCACAUGUGGAUACGUGCCUGGGUGAACAGGAGCCAGGCGAAGUGCAACAGAGUGCCUCAGAUGGAACUGACCUUCAUAAGUCAAACUACAAUAAGAAUCGGAAGACUUCAGGUACACCUGAUGUGUUGCAACUUGGCUCAACCCCUGAAACACCCUGUGUCAACCUCGUGGACAAAGACCUGAAGUGCAAUAUGAUAAGGACUAGCGACGGUGCCAAGUCUAUGUCAUUCAAGGAACAGGCUAGUGAGCCGGAGGAGGAUCCAGCAUCAAUGGAGUGCCCAGUGUGUGGUCAGGUCAUUUGGGAGACAAACUGGUCUAAAGUGAAUGAACACAUUGACACCUGCCUCAACAAGCCUAUGAUUCGGGAAAUGCUUUCCUCACAGGAUUUCACCAGCAGCCCCAUGCCUGAAAAGCGGAAAAUUGAGACGCCAAAAAGUCAACGGUCACAAAAGCGACCAAAGUUCAGUCAGCCACGGCAGCGAAAUUCCAUUACAAACUACCUCUCACCUUCCUGUUCAAAAUCUUGAGCCUGACCUCAACUGUUCAUUUCUUGUUGCAAAUAUAUAUAGGCUGUAAAUUGCACAUAAAACUGAAGGGUGCCUGUGAUAUGUGAAACUCCAACUUCUUAUACUUUGUUUCAAAGGUAUUUUAUACAAAUGGUGCAACAUUACAUUGUAUAGCUCGACCACCUGAAGGGUAGAGCUGUUGCCACGAGAUUCAAAGCUCAGGCGGGCAUUGCUGUUAGUUGUGCAUUGGCACCCUGCAGAACCUCACAUGCUGCAAAGCUUGACUGAUUUAUUAAUUGAUUUACUUAGUUAUUCAUUUACUCACUGGCUUUUUAAGACUUUGGUGACAGCUGCGACAUUCAGGAGCAGGUGUCAUUAUGUAGCUCCUAUAGUAAAGAAGAUGUUAACUAAUGUUAGUCUAGUUUCACAAGAGAAAAUAACCUUACUAUGCUUGUGCUCAUUGUUGUACCUGUGAAACAUUAUCGUGCAUUUGUUCUUUAAAGUGAUGUUUGUAACCAUGAAAAAUAUGCUACAAAUCCUAGCAUUCUCGCUUGUUUUUGCCCCCUUGUGUGCAUGCCUUUACAGGAAAGUAGUUAGAAGUUUCUAGUGUUUCGAGGAACUCUCCAACUAUGUCUUUAGAAUUAUGAAAUACUUACGACAUUCUAGCCUGUAACAUGAUCACGGUGCAUUAAUGUAUUCAUUCUUUUAUUCAUUAUGUACUUUUCUGUUGUUGAUGAACAUCAGUCAGCUGGUAAGAAGUGUGUGUAUUUGUGCUUGCAUGCAUUGUGUUUGUCAUAGACAACUGCGUUUAAAAAUCCAUGCAUUCAGCCUGAUGUUUGCCUGCUUGAGCACAUAGAUUUGAUAUAAGAGCAUGACCGAGGUAACAUUUCAGGUUUCCUCUGAAAAGUUUAAUUCAUAAUAACUUGUAGAAUGCACACAGGAAAUUAAUAUGCUUUGCUUUGUCACGUGUCUUCUUACAGUGAUCACUCAUUUCACCUUUGCUUGUAAUGGCUUCAUUUUGUGGGAUUAGUAAAAGAGUUGAGCUGACA